ACAACCAACGCGCCCACAACACUGGAGACGAUCAACAAGACCAGAUCAAAGGACAGUGCAAACGCUACUGAAAGCAAUGACAACAGCCCUAGGCAAACUAGGACAGAGAAACCGGCACUGGUAAGCAACCAAGCAGGCAAAACCAUACGCACAACCCCCCCCCAAUUUCAGUCCUCCAGAGAUCAUUGUCAACCACUUUCCAGAAAAAGAAGAAACAGAAGAACAAAGCAGAGUGAAGUGAAAAAAGAACUCACCAUAUGCCUACUAAACAUGCAAGGAACAAACAAACUCAAGUGGGCUGAACUCCAAGACCAAGUGAACAGACAAAAAAUAGAUAUCUACGCUCUAACGGAAACUCACCUGCGGGACGACGAACAACCUCUGCUCCCGGGGCUAGUAUGGCAAGGAAAGAACAGAAGUAAAGGACAAAAACGGGGUGGAGGCAUUGGUUUUAUUACACCGAAGAGAAGCACUGUAAAUGGGGACUGCCAGGACAAGGAACACAUGUGGAUAAAAAUAAAGAUUGACACACGUGACCUGUACAUUUGUGUCAUAUACAUGGCAACAGGCCUCGAGGAACAAAAGUGGAAUGACAGCAUUUACGCAUGCCUCAAGAAAGACAUUGAAGAAACCUACAAAGGCCAACCGGUACUACUGAUGGGAGAUUUCAACUGCCACAUAGUAGAAUUGGAUGGUCACGAAAAAGAUGCUGCUGGCUUCCGAAAAUUAAUUAAACAAUGCAACCUACAAAUAGCAAACCUCCAUCCAGCUUGUGAAGGCACCUACACAUGGUCACGCAGAGCUAACAAAUCUGCUAUAGACUACAUACUUUACAAUCAAGAGGUAGUAAGGCAAGAUAUAAACAUCACAGCUCUGUACAUAGACGAAGACAAAACAAACAGCUGUGGAAGUGACCACAACCGAAUGAAACUGUGCCUCAGACGCCAUCAACCCCAUCGAGUAAACCGGCCUGAAACUACAAAAGCUCACUGGCGAGUGAAAGAGCAAGAGCGCCUGGAUGAAUUUUCCAAUAAACUCGAGUCAACAUUAACAGAACCUCUAACAUACGAGGAAUUCGCAGAAAAAUGCCUGUCAGUAGCACAAGAAACCAUUGGGAAAACUAGUGAAAAAAAAAGGACCAGAAACACACCUUGGUUUGAUGGAGAACUGAAGACAGAAAUUCGCAUUCGCAAAGAAUUAUCCAGAAGGCACCGUCAUACGCCCAAUGAGUCGACAGAAAAAGAGGUAAUUUGGAAGGAAUACCUGGCCCAAAAAAGAAAAGUAAAGGAAAUGGCCGCAAAAAAAGAUAGACCAGAAAUUCCAAAAAGAAGAAGAAAACCUGCAUAAGGAUCGUAACCAUUACAGUCAGAAGUUUUGGGCAUACAUAAGGACACUGGAACCAAAGGACACCCUUCAGGAAGAUUCACUCAUACUACUUACUGAAAAUAGCAUUCCUCUACAUACCAAAGAAGAAAUUGAACAGCACAUAACUAAACAUUUUAAAAAUAUGCAAACCAAU